AUGAUGGAGACUGAGCUUCCGCCGGGUAGCUGUAACUCGACAGGACAUCUCUCCACUAUUGGAUGGCAAAUACCAGGUCGCAUGCACCACUCGGCGAGCACGCCGGCGGGUGUCGACGGCGGCGGUUCUCGCACGCCGCCCGCCACGCCCAAGAAAGGCGGCAAGAUGCUGGCAGUGCGGGUGCAGAUGCUGGACGACUCCAUUUCCAUGUUCCAGAUACAGUCCAAAGCGCUGGGUCGAGUUCUGUUCGACCAAGUUUGUCGGCAACUGCACCUAUUGGAAGCCGAUUACUUCGGCCUAGAAUAUCAAGAUGGCAACGGAACUAAGUAUUUCCUGGACGUGGAGAAGCCGAUGUGCCGUCAACUGGGGCUGUCGAUGCUGGAGCCCACGCUUCGCUUCUGCGUCAAGUUCUACACGCCGGACCCGGCUCGGCUGGAGGAGGAGUUCACGCGGUACCUGUUCUGUCUGCAAGUGAAGCGCGACCUCGCGCAGGGCUGCAUCCAGUGCAACGAGAACACCGCCGCUCUGAUGGCCAGCUACAUCGUGCAGGCGGAAUGCGGUGACUUCGUUCCUGAAGAUUAUCCAGAUCACACGUACCUCAGCGGAUAUAAAUUCUUCCCAGGCCAAGAUGCCGAGUCCGAGAGGCGUAUCUGCGAGAAUCAUAAAAAGCACAUCGGGCAGAGUCCUGCGGAGGCAGACUUAAACUUGCUAGAGACCGCGAGAAGAUGCGAACUUUACGGAAUCAAAAUGCACGCGGCGAAGGAUCACGAAGGGGUGCCCUUGAACCUCGCAGUGGCGCACAUGGGCGUCGUCGUGUUCCAACACAUCACCAAGAUCAACACUUUCAGUUGGGCCAAGAUCAGGAAGAUAUCGUUCAAACGGAAAAAGUUCCUGAUCAAACUGCACCCUGAAGGAUAUGGUCACUACCGCGACGUUGUGGAGUUUUUCUUGGAAAGCCGUAACGAAUGCAAAAACUUCUGGAAGAAGUGCGUAGAAAACCACGGAUUCUUUAGAUGCUCAAGUGUCCCGCGGCUUCCUCGGCACAAGACCAAGGUCCUCUCUCGAGGUUCUUCCUUUAGAUAUAGCGGUAAAACUCAGAGGCAAAUAGUUGAAUUCGUUCGAGACAACUAUGUCAAAAGGCAGACAUUCCAGAGGUCGGGCUCGUUCCGUGCGUCGCGCUCGGCGGGCGGCUCGCGAGCUAACGUGUCUCACUCGCUGCCGCUCAACUCUAGCGUCUCGGCGCACCCGCUGCUGCCUCUGCCGCCCGGCUCGGACGCGAUUUCCCUGGAGUGGGACAAGCAACCUCAUUACCUGGAGGCCUCGCUGAUGAUGCGCGGCUACUCUGCGGAGGCGGCGCGCGAGGCGGCGCGUCCCCCCUCCCCCACCGCCACGGACACAGUCACGGGCACGGACACAGCCACGCCCAUGGAAACCCACAUUCCCCGCACUCAGCACACUCCGCAUACACCCCGCACCCCUCUCGCUCGCCCGCCGCCUCCAGCUACCGCCUUUGCUUCCACGAGGGACAAGCUGACAAAACUGUACUGCAAGCGAAUAGAGAGUCCCGAACUAGUGACUCGUGCCGAGGUCAAUCAUCAUCCUACGGAGGAUUCACCUCUGCCUCAUCGGACGACGACGCCAUUGGAGUACCCGGAGAUCACGUGGAAGGAUGCACGCGAAGGCCGCGCGCGCGCUCCCACUCCGCCGCCUCGUGCGCAUCCCACCGCAGGUCAGACUGCCGAAUGCUCCCCCCCCUCUAGCCUUUACCCGGACUUCGUCCGUGCCAAACACCGCUCUAGCUUCAGCGAGUCAUCCGAGCGGCUCGAGUUCGAGUUGUCGCAAACCAACAUCUACUCGGCGUGCCCUUCCGUGCGCUCUUCCCGCUCGGGUGGCUCGCUGCCCAUCGAGGAACGCGACGAGCUCGACGCUGCGCCCGCCCGCCUCGUCUGGAGACGCAGCGCCAGUUGCCGCAACCUGCGAGACUUCAGCUUCGACGAAGCCGGUCGCUCCAAGCGCGACACGCGCAGUAUGCUCGCCGACCUCGACGCGUACUGCGCUCGACGCGUCGACUCGCCCGUCACGAGGUACGACGCCCGAGCCUUCGCCCUCUCGUUCCAAACGUCUAUCGAUUCGCGCGGUUCUCUCGGCCGCGCGUAUUCUUCGAGUUUUCCUGGCGCCAUAAGCGACCCUCGCCUCGAUUUGCCCGCCCUUCGUGCGGGCUCGCAAGACGAUAUCUCGCACGACAGCUAUGAAGUUAUCGAGCGGUCGGACGACGAAGGCUCAGGACGGUAUGCACGAAUCCGUCGGCGCUCCGCGGAGGGCCGCACGCGUUCGUGUUCACUCGAUUCCGGCAACGAGCUGCCGUCGGACGACGACGGUUCGUUGUCUAUGGCCGAAGAUCCCAAUCUGACGGCGGCCGCUCUUAAGUAUAAAAGCGAUAAUGACUUGCCUAUAGAUCCAUUUUUGGCGGACGACCCGCGCGUUCUCCCUCGUGAGAAACUGUCGGUUCGAUCCGAUGGUAACUUCUACAAAGAGAUUAAACGCGUUCUCGGCUCUAGAACUUCCAGUCAAGAAUCUCGCAGUGAUAUUUACGACUCUAAAAUAUCUAAAAGCAGCGCCGAAUCAAGUAAGAAAUCGCGCGACAGCGUGUACCACACGGACAGCAAAAAGUCCCGGGACACGAUAAAGAGUAAAAGUUCAGAUAGAUCGGGAUCGCGGACGUCUAGUCAGGAUUCCAAAUCGGACUAUUACGAUUGCAAAAAGAAUUUGUACGACACGGAAGACGUGAGCGUUAGACGUCGCAGUAUAACGAGCGUACAGGCCGCGUACAUAGACCCGUUCGAACCUGUCUCGCCUUCGUCGAGUCCGGAUUCCGGUAAAGAAUUCUACGACGCCCAAUCUACUUUUAUUGGCAUGGAAAAGCCCGAAUACAAUGAAAGAACGCUUGUCGAUAAAUCUCACGAAAAUCUUAUCGCCAAUAUAGGUACACUGCCAAAUUAUUACCACAUUCCUACUCCGUACUCGACUUUCCCUAGUAAUAAUAAGCAUAAAGACCACUCUCCCAUGCAUUCUGCCAGUCUGCAACACGUGGAACUCGAUCAGUAUGGAGGUUAUUCCGAUUUAAGUCCACCGAAGAAAAUGGACGACGUGUCGACGGAAGAAGAGGACCUACACGGUCGAACUACUCACAUUUGGCCUGAAAAAAUUGCCGGCUUGGACACGGAAAUCGACAAUAAAAGAGCGGCUAAGAUACAAAACUAUCAGAGACGUCGAUCGUCUGACACCAUCUUUAGUUUCGAUAAGGAUAAGAUUGAAUCGUUGACGCGCUCCACGAGCAAGGAGAACCCACCUUGCCAUCUUGUAAAAGAGUCGUCGAACGAAUCCGAAGUAAAUGUUAGAAUUUUACCAGCAAUGGACAGCAUCGAAUACGCUAAAAGCAGAGCGAAAGCGGCCGCGCACGCUGAAACAGCCCCGAUAUUGCAAUCAGAGUUCGAUAAAACUAUGCGGGGAAAAGUCCAUACGCAUAUUGUUCGUAAAGAGAAUUUAAAAGAAGAACUAAUGGCUAAGACGCACUUCGAUGAGUACAAUCCCAAACUUAUUCUAGACACUAGCUCGAGCAGUAGACUCGCUGACAACGCUGCGCCAUACAUUCACCCUACGGUCGAAAGAACUAAAAGUGAUCCCAAUAGUUUAGCAAAUAGACCUCGUUUCAGCAGCGUCAAUUCGCGUAGACACGUAUUGAUGCAUCAAAAGUCUAUCGAUCUCACUCCCGCCGAGUCUAGCGACGAAGACUAUAUUUUCCGUCAAAUUCCUAGCGCUCCGCCAAUUGCGACGAAACGAUCUCAUUUCGAAUUGCCAUCCAGGUACCCAGAUCAGCGACCGUGUUUUGAUUUACCCAAAAACUACUUUAAGGAGUUCGAUGAUUUUAAAGCUGGAUUUAAUGACACGAAAAAAGUUGAGGACAGCUAUGAUAUUCCGUAUGUUUUGCACAAAAGACACAUCAUGAAUGGCACUGCCCCGUCCCCUAUUAACGAUACAAUCCAGCCUCCAGAUAUUAUUACAUUACCUCCGCAAAACAGUCGUCACAUUGUGAAUGCGAUACCACGCUGCAGGUAUCACGAUCAUCCGAAAUCGCCACGUUCGCCAAAAUCGCCUAAAUCACCGAAGUCUCCAAAAUCGCCCAAGUCGCCUAAAUCGCCAAAGUCUCCCAAAUCCCCUAAAUCACCCAAAUCGCCAAGGAAUAGUAUACAAACUGAUCAUAGUAUGAAAUUCCUAGAUGUCGAAAAUAGAGAUUUCUUAUUUACUCAAAAUAUUGAUUUAUCCAAGAUAGAUCCGAUAACAUUAGAAGUUGAUAAAACUGCGAAAAUGCAACAUUUACCCAGUCCAAAAAGAGACAUUUCUAAAUGUUUGGAUUCUGCUUUGCUGGAAACAUUAAAUUCGAAACUAAGUCAGAUUGAAAGCGACUCCGCUACCAGUUCUAAGACAGACAGUAUGAGGCAGGAUCAGCAAUAUUCGCAUGAUAUUAAAUUCGCUAUUAACGGAAGAAACCUCACGCAACCGCCAAUAUGCAAAGACCCGAAACCCUUAUCGGCAUCUGAAAAGUUGAGAGCUGAUAUAAAAUCUAAAUCGGAGAAAUUGUCUUCCAAAAGGGCCAAUAAGCCGAGAGGCUCCGGGAAAAAAGCGGUUGGUGGUAAAAUAAGAAACAAAACCAAUAACAAGAUUAGAAUUACCUCUUUUUCAUCGGACGAUGAAAGUGUGGAUUCCGAUGAUGUUUUUGGGACAACAGAAGCUGCGCCUAAACUAGAAUUCUCACCACCUCAAUCGCGGAAGGAUUUAGAACCUAUUUUGCAAUUAGAAUACGAUAAAAUCACAUCGGGGGCUUGGCAUAGGGGACAGACUAUGAGUUCCACAGAAAUCGAAGGUUCCCCACCUCAGUGUAGAAAAUUAGCUGAACUCGAAGCAAAGUAUAACCCACAAAUUUUAGAUAACACUUCUACUAAUGCUACAGAGUUAAGGCGCAUUUCGGAACGAUCGAUUUCAAUUCCAAGCUCUGAAGACGACAUUAUAAUGAAAACUCCUGAAAUAAAACAAGUCAGUAAAGAAAGUUCCACUUGGGAAUACAAUGAAAAUAUUCCUUCUCCCAUUUUGGAAAGUACCGAGUUUCUGAAAUCGGACGACGAGCAUUUAGCUGACAUGGAGAUUCAAAAAGUAACUGGAGUGCCUAUUCCAAGUGAAGAAAAGUUAGAAUCCUUUCAAUCUGUAAAAAAAGACUUAAACAAGCUGGAUAUUAAAAAGAGCCUUCGCGAUGAAUUAAUUUCACCGAUGUUAAGAAAAGGUGGGGGAACGCCAAUUCUUUUUGCUCAUGCCAGAUUAAAUCUUUCGGAGGGAUCUGUUUUUUCGUUGCAGCGUCAGAAAGCCACCCAAGAUUCUCCAACGGCAAGUAGACGAGCUAAAAGUUUAGAUACGCCAGUCAUUCAAUUACAUCGACUCCCUCCGAUGAAUGCGUUUUCGUCUAAAGAUGACACAGUUGAAGAUGUGAAUGAAGAAGGCGAAAUCUUGGAGGAAAAACCUCUCAUCGAAGAAAGAAUUUCAAAAAUCACACCCGUUAAGGAGGAGUCCAUAGAGAAUGUAGAGGAGGAAGAAUGUGCGAGUGCUCAAGUGACGAAAUUGAAGUCAGUUUCAAUAGAUAACGAAGAAAUGCAGCUUUUAGAAAGUUUAGUGGAACAAAGGAGGCCUAGGUCCUUCAAACGACAACAUGACUUGAACAAAAUCAAAUAUCAAGGCAAGUCGCCCACACGGUCUCCGAUUAACCCAUCACCGAUAUCGCGUUCUCCGUUAUCAAAGUCCCCUUCUAGGUCACCUACGUCAUCUUUAAAUUCUCCUAGAGGUAGUAUACGGAAACUAUCAGAUUUAAGUGAAGAUCAAAUUGUACCAGAUAUAGAAAGAAUCAAACGUAAAGACAAGAAAAAGUUAACUUUAAAACCAAAACCUGAAGAAAGGCAAAAGAUAGGCAGCAAACUUAAUAAGGCUGGCUCUCUAGACACCAAUGCUACCAAGAUAAAAGCUUUACAAACCCAAAAGUCGCUGCCGUCUUCUCUUAAAGAACGUCCAGACUUCCUGACAGUUCCUCCGUUAGAUAUGGUUCGAGCUAAAAGCCAAGAACUUGAGCAAACGAUUAAAAAAAUCAACGAAAGAAAAGUCUAA